AUGAACUUUGAAGGUUUCUGGCGGCACUACUCAGAAACCUUGCCGCCGCCUCACUCACAACUUCGGGGUGAGGGCUAUAAUCGAAUUGUCCCUGUGUCUUAUGCUCAGGAGGCUGCAACUGCGAACGACUAUAUGGAACUGCAUGAAGAAUUCAUGUUCGAUAUGGCUUCAUCUUCAAAACUGUAUCCUACAGAUGCGGGAGGUCUACGUGGUCUCUUCUUCCUCGAAUGCUCACGUCUCAUCGAGCAACGCGAGUUUGAGUGUCAACGCUUCGGCGAUUCUACUAAAGACGUCAAGCGGGCGAUUACAUAUAAGAUAGACUUCACAAGAGACCGACAGGAGCGUGCCAUCUAUUCUUUCAUCCUUGUUACUAUCAUUUUCUUGCCUAUCAGCACAGUUUCGUGUAUUUUUGGCGUAAUCACGACUGAUGUCCGCGAUAUGAACUACUCACAGUGGCUGUAUUGGGUGGUCGCUAUACCAGUAACGGUCCUCGUUAUUACCCUAGGACUCUGGUUCAUGGGAGAGUUGGGAAGCCUAGCUCGAUGGUUAUCUGAGCGACCAGGAAAGGAGCUCUACGGCGAACCAGCAGUCAUAUCACAAGCAGUCGAACCGGCGUAUUGGGCGGCUCCCCCAACCACUCAGCUAGCUGCUCAGCCGGCAGAGUAUUCAUCGUCACCAUAUGAGCCGAGGCGUAGAAGGGUUCAGACUCGAGCAAAUUACCCUGCACGCCAGAAUCGCAUCUAUCGAUCACGAUAG